UUUCUAUAGCAACAGCGUCAACAAGAUGACUCUUAUUACACACCGUUCCUAAUGAGUGCGCACUUGGGAACCUCCAAAACCUUCCAAAACCUUUAGGUUGAGGAUUUGGAGUUUGAGGUUGAUGAACGUGACGAUUAUUUUCCCCGAAAACGUUAAGCUACGUGGGUAAAACGACUGCUGCUGUAAUGAAACGUUAUUCCCUGUGAUGUCAGCAGGCGGGCUGUUGGGCAUGCGCAGUGUGCUCCGGUUUGGGCAGGGCGCGGAUCGCGCGCGGUGAAUGAAGAGGAAGGCACCGGAGCGGUGGCCUGCUGUUUCUAUGGUGAAGAUGGCGGCGCCUGUGCUGAGCGGCCGGAGCGGAUCAGCGAGCAGCAGCAGCAGCCCGACUGCUGCAGCCAACAACACCAUCAACAACCGGCUCGUCUGCGCACCGGAGCUCGAUUUCAGGUCCGGAAGCAGGAUGGACGAACUGAACCGAUUCAUCCAGGAAUUCAGCAAACACGAUCAGCGCGAAUACGACGACCAGCGCGCACUGGAGAUCCACACGGCCAAGGACUUCAUCUUCUCCAUGCUCGGUAUGGUGCAGAAGCUCGACCAGAAGUUGCCGGUUGCUAACGAGUACCUGCUGUUGUCGGGUGGAGUCCGUGAUGGUGUAGUGGACAUGGAUCUGGACAAACUGGGAGUGUAUAACCGUGGCUCAGACUUUGACAUGGCCUUCACGUUGCUGGUGCCUGCGCUGAAGCUGCAUGACCGCAACCAGCCCGUCACCCUGGACAUGCGCCACUCAGCACUGGGUCAUUCCUGGCUCAGCCUGCGGUUAUUUGACGAAGGCACCAUCACACGCUGGAGGGACUGCUGCAUGAUGGCGGACCACAUAAACGGCACCACAAACUACUUCUUUUCACCCACACUGGUGGCUGACUGGUUCCAGGAAGCAGUGGCGCUGGUGCUGGCCGAGGUGCAGCGAAAGCCGCAGCGAGGAAUGCCAAGGGUGGAACGGGUGGAGCGUCACAGCACGCUUCUCUCAAUGAUCCUCGGAGUUGGCAGCAGCCGUAUGCUGUAUGACAUUGUACCCGUGGUAUCAUUCAAAGGUUGGCCUGCGGUUGCUCAAAGCUGGCUAAUGGAGAACCACUUCUGGGAUGGGAAGAUCACAGAAGAGGAGGUCAUAAGUGGUUUCUACUUGCUUCCCGCUUGUUCGGUUUCCGGUCGAAGGGAAAACGAAUGGCGGCUAUCCUUCGCCCGCAGCGAGGUUCAGCUAAAGAAGUGCAUCUCACCAGGUCUCAUGCAAGCAUACCAAGCCUGUAAAGCCAUUAUUGUCAAGAUGUUUGCCCAACCCAUGGCUGUUGGGCCCUACCACUUGCGCAGCAUAAUGCUAUGGGCCUGUGACCGCUUGCCAGCAAACUACUUGGCACAAGAAGACUUUGCUGCUCAUUUUUUGCUGGGUCUCAUCGAUGACCUGCAGCACUGCCUUGUCAACAAGUGCUGCCCCAAUUAUUUCAUCCCACAGUGCAACAUGUUUGAGCACCUGUGCGACGAGACGGUCAUGUUUCACGCACGCAAACUGGCACUGGUUCGCUCUGACCCGGCCGAACACCUUCGCGCUACCAUCGAUCAAGCAAAGAGUGCCAACCGCUUGACCCAAGAAAUGCAGAGGCGUGGAAGUUCCUCUGGCCUGCCUUCACCACAAACCGACGCUUCCUCUUCUGAUCAACAACAACCCGAUGACCGGCUAGCUAAAAAACUCCAGCAACUGGUCACAGAGAACCCAGGGAAGUCCAUUUCAGUGUUUAUCAACCCAGAUGAUGUCUCACGACCACACUUCCGCAUCGACGAUAAGUUCUUCUAAAACCCAGGGAACCCUUCCAUGCAGUCUUCUGAAGGAAACCUAUCCAUUACGCAGAGAUCCGACGUGCAGUGUGGUGUUGGAGAACGUUCUCCGGUGGAAAUGCAGACUGAAAGCGGGGUCAAACCUACAUCUAAAGCCUUCUGGGAGUAGAGAACUCGUAAUAAUUUUUUUCCUGAUGUGUACAUGGACAUUUAAAACUGCUGUGCACAGCCUAAUGCUUUGUAAAUGAUGUAAAAUGUUUUUUUUUUGCCAUGUUCAGGCAAGAAUUUUGCUGCAGCAGCUGGAAAUACUGUAAACAACACCCACCAUAAUGAAUACCGAAGAAGUCUAGAGACGACGAAUAACGAAUCAAAAUCCUGUCUUUCCUAGUUAGUCCUUCAAAAGCUUUCUAUGAUGAUCGUUCUUUACACUUUACAAAAAAGUUUCAAAACAA